GCAGCCGACGAUCUGUUGUACUAUUCGUUUUCGUCAAACUGCGCUUCCUUUCCGCCCUCAAUUCUUCCGUCAUGACGACGAGUCCGAAGAAGAUUUACAUUGCCGGCCCCGCCGUCUUCCUUAAGGACCACGGCGAGGCUUACUUCAACAAGGUGCGCACUCUCCUGAGGGAUAACGGCGUCGUGCCUCUCGUGCCGAUCGACAGCAUCGCGACGGGUGCGCUGGAGAUCCGCAACAAAAACAUUGAGAUGAUCAAGGCCUGCGAUGCGAUCAUCGCGGACCUGUCUCCCUUUCGCUCUCUUGAGCCAGACUGCGGGACGGCAUUCGAGAUUGGCUACGGCGCGGCGCUGGGGAAGGUGCUUCUCACGUACUCGUCCGACACGCGAUCGAUGGUGGAGAAGUACGGCGGAACGGAGGCGCAGGGGUGUACUGUGGAAAACUUUGACCUACCGUUCAAUCUCAUGCUUGCCGACGGUACGCCGGUGUUUGACACGUUCGAGGCAGCUGUUUGA